UUUAUUUAUUUUUCCUUUUUUAAAACCACAGAACCCAGAUGAGAACUGUUUAAGAACCGGUCCAGCGGUGAACAGCUGCAGUUUUGCGGAUCACCUUGUCUGAACCAGCAGCGUGUCCUGAAGUAGCUUCUCGCUCCCUCCGCGGGUCACCUGAGGACAUCAUGGCACAAAGCCAGAUCGGAACCGAACUACUUUACGACCCAUGAGCUAAAUUUUCAACAUUGCAUCUUUAUGGGCAAAUACUUAAAAAUACUGAACAGGAAUCUCAGUUUACAUCAGUAUAAAAGUAAAAUCGCUUGUUAGGAUUAAAUGUUCUGAAUUAUGUGGAAAGUCGCCGGGGGAUGACGUAAUAUUACAAGAAAUAAUGACGCAGUUUGAUGAUUUAAAAAAUCGAAGAAUAUCAGAAUUGAAUAAUAUUUAAAAAAAGAAGCUCAGCACCGACGGUUCUGCUACAACCAAGAGAUUUUUAAAUGUUUGAAGGUUUAUGGAGACACGCUUCUAGAAGUAAAUGGCCUGCUCUCACAGAGAUGUCCGGUGUUUUUCCAGCAUCGGCAACCGACAGCCACAGCCGUCCGACCGGUCUGUCCGCCGGUAGACUCUGCUGCCGCCCCGCCGGGCUGCAGCUCAAUCGUUAGCCCGAGAAAGGAGCGACAGAUCCCGCCACCAGAGAGAGAGAGCCUGGAGGCUGUGCCGCCGGCCACCAGAGAGAAACCCUCAGCGCCUCGUCUCCGUCACCUGAAAAACAAAGACUCUUACAAGAGCUCCAUCACCUGCAGCAUGUCAGCAGUUCUUCUAUAGAUCUUCUUCAUCAAUAACCAAAAGCGAGUUUGGUUUCGAAAUGUCGAGCCGCCGGAAAUCCACCACCCCCUGCAUGGUACUGCCUUCUGAUCUGGUGGAGCAGGAAGUUGUAGAAGACUACCCUGAGAGGACAAAAGAUGAAGAGGCAGGCGACGAGAGGACGGUGAAGGAUGGAACAGAGGAGGCGCAGACUCCAGAGGAGCUCCAUCAGGCUGUUGUAGUCGUUCCUACACCACCAGAUGCAGUAAAUCUCAAACGUGCCCGACCUGUUGAUAUCAACACUGUAGAUGAAGGCAGCGUCUCUGCUAGUGAAGACGGCCAAAUCGUCGGCUCCUCGCUGAAGUGCGUUGCUAAAGAUCUGUCUGAGGAUCAGCCGAACCAGGAACUACAAAGUGAUCCGCCCGGGGAGGAAGGGUUGGACCCUGCUGCGGCUUUGGCCAUCUCUCUCAGCAAGACUCCCAUCAUGAGGAUGAAGGCCAAACCUGAACCCAAGAGAAUCGCGGUGUCCCUGAAGUCAGCCGAUGAAGCGGGGGAGGGUUUGGGAGGAGGAGGAGGAGGAGGUAAGGGUGAGCCGGAUGGAGAGCAGGAGCCCAUUGAAGCCCCUCUAGGACCCAUGACACCUGUGGAGAUGUUGCUGCAUGACUCCAUGAAGUUUGGUGGGGGUGGUAUCCUGGUCGGCUCCCCAUCAGAACCACAGCGAAAAGCAUCGGUUUUUAACCCAACAGUCCUGCCUGCUGGUCUGGCACAGGUGCUUUCUGCCUUUCAGGCCCAGCAGAACACAGCAACAGCUCAGCCACAGCUUCUGAUCCCCCUCAGCAGCAUCCCCUCCUACAGCGCAGCGAUGGACACCAAUCCUCUCCUGAGCAGCACCUACAGGAAGUUUCCUUACCCGUCCACGGCAGAAAUCAGCAGCCUGGCGGCGCAGACACAGUUCACAGAGGAGCAGAUCAAGGUCUGGUUCUCAGCCCAGCGACUGAAGCACGGUGUCAGUUGGACUCCAGAGGAAGUGGAGGAGGCCAGGAGGAAACAGUUUAAUGGAACCGUGCAUACGGUGCCUCAGACCAUCACUGUCAUUCCUGCACGCCAGCUGUCAGCUGCUGCCAACGGCCUGCAGUCCAUCCUGCAGACCUGUCAGAUCGUGGGCCAGCCUGGUCUCGUGUUUACUCAGGUUGGUCCAGGAGGAAUUCUUCCUGUGACCAGUCCCAUCACCUUGACCGUGGCAGGGCUGCCGUGUCAGUCUCAGAGCUCCAGCCAAGUUUCCUGUCAGUCCACUUUGGCAAACAGUGAACUGAAGCGGGCCACCACAGUCCAGCCUCCCUCUCUGUCUCCACAGGAGAACUCGGCCCUCAGUGUUGAUGCAUUCAGCAUGCGGCCAAAGAAGUCCAAAGAGCAGUUGGCAGAGCUGAAAGCCAGCUACCUGAAAAACCACUUUGUCACUGAUGCAGAGAUUGCUCGGCUGAUGAAACUCACCAACCUGACUAAAGGUGAGAUCAAGAAAUGGUUCAGUGACACCCGCUACAACCAGCGCAACUCCAAAAACAGCCACGUGAUUGUUUUCCACAACGGAGGGGGGAGAGGAGGGAGCGGCGCAGGCAGUGCUGCAAACAUCCCCAUUGUUAUUGACUCGAGUGACGAGACCCCCACCUCUCCCCAUCAUCCACUUACCCCCCCUGUGAAGGACAAGGAGACCCGGGCCAAAACAUGGAACCCUUUCCCAGACUUUACCCCGCAGAAGUUUAAAGAGAAGACGCCCGAGCAGCUGGUGGUUCUGGAGGAGAGCUUCGAGAAGAGCAGCAGUCCAUCAGAUGAAGAACUGAGCCGCCUGAGGACAGAGACGAAACUCACGCGCAGGGAGAUCGACGCUUGGUUCACCGAGAGAAAAAAGACUCCCGCUGUGAACGAUUCCUCUCCCGAAUCCUCUGACGGAGGGAGAGUGGAAACGGACAGCAGACGAGCAGGAGAGGGAGAAGAAGCAGGAGGAGCUUCCACCUCUCUUCCAUCCGCCUCCUCGUCUCGAAGGGAGAGUCAGACCCCUCCCGGCAGCAGGAAAAAAGACCUAAAAGAAAAAAGUAAAAAGUCUCCAGAGCAGCUCCACAUUCUGAAAAGUGCCUUUGUGCGCACGCAGUGGCCCACGCCAGAGGAGUACGAUCAGCUGUCAGACGAGACCGGCCUUCCUCGACAUUACAUCGUCAGCUGGUUCGGCGACUCUCGGUACUCCUGGAAAAAUGGAAACCUGAAAUGGUUCUUCCAGUACCAAAGCGCCAACAUCAAUAGAGCGACCGGCGGGGCUGGCAACAAAAUGGGAGGCGGCAGUGGAGGUCGGAGAAGACGAGGUCGGAACCGCGGCUGGGGGCGCUCCAAAAGCAAAAGGCAGUCAAAGAGGUCCUCCUCUUCUCCCGGCGCAGAUGUUAACAGAUCACCACCAUCAAAAAAAUUUAAGACCGGGAGGGAAAUCCUCAAGGAGUACUACUUGAAGCACCACUUCCUCAAUGAACAAGACCUGGAUGAGCUCGUCACCAAAACCAACAUGAGCUACGAGCAGGUGAGGGAGUGGUUUGCAGAAGUCCAGCGACGUCUCAAGGUGGGAUCAGAUCCCUUCCUGGAGCCGGAGGCGGGAAGAACCGAAGGAAACAAAUCGACAAAGGAUGAUAAAGGAGAGAUGCAGGGCGAGAGGUCAGCAGCUACCAAGGAGCAAGCAGGCUCGUGUCUGGGAGACGAAGACGACGACGAAGAGUACGACGAGGAUGACGGCGAUGAAACGGACGACAGCGAGCUCUGGGAGCCGUCCCGUAGCGUCAGAAAAAGUUUGUCUGUCUCGGAGGACUAGCAUGACCCUCCCCCCACAGUGAAAAUGCACUGUUACAGUAAUCUGAUCAUUGCUGUAAGACCGUGAGCUAAACCGAGUCUUUUCUUAUUUGACUUUGUUUUUACACUGAUUUUACACAAACACUUACUGUUUGAAUCAAGUCCACGUGACUCUAAAACACAAGAUUAGCUUUAGCCUGUUCACUUCUCCAACAGUGUUAGGAACAUCUUAAAAAGAUGCAAACUUUUAUAAAGCUUAUAAAGCUUUGCUAAACAAUAACUAAUUAAAAAAAUACAGCAAAGGUCUGUGUUUUAAUCCAAAGCAAUUCCCUACUAAGGAUUAAUGAUAAUAAUAAUAAUCAGUGAUUUGUCUUAGACAAAGCAUACAUUUCUAAAGGUUUAAGUAAAAGCAAAAACAGAAUCGUGACUUUUAUUUUGUCUUUAACAAUAGUUGAAAUCUUUAUGAGGCACUGAAUUAUGAACUUAGUCAUUUUUUUAAGCCGGUCUCAGAUCAGGCCUACGUGUUGAACUGAAGUCAGACUUUAGAUUCAAUCUGUCCCUAAAACUGAGAAAUGGUAAACAAGCCUUCAGCUCAGUCCUGUUUACCCCAGCCCUGCGUCCUUAGCACCCUAACAGCUGAGUAGGUGCACAACUAUAAAAUGCUGAAUGUGACUAUGUUCAUAACUUAAUCCGUUUAAAGCCGACCACAUUAUUUAUCUGCCUAAAACUGGUGUAAAAACUGUGGCUUUUAAAUCAACCACUUAGUUUUAGAAAGGUAAUUCAUAUUAACCCCGUUUGUUUCAUUUGAGUAGAUCUUACACCUUUAUCAUUGUCUUUAUACAUAAAAUAUUUUAUUAUUUGUUUGCUGCAACAUAUCCAUGAGAGUAAUUUAUUCACAUUAAUGCUGAGCGUGGAUGAAAUCCCGAAAUUAUGAAAGUGACCCCACCAAUCCUGACAGAUAACCUAAAUAAGGAGGUGGUAGUGAAUGUAUCACUGCUGUAGCUUUAGGCUCAAAUUAGCUUGAGGAAAAAUGUGAUAGAAAAAAGUAUCUUCAUUCUGUUUGAUGCCAUUGUUACAAUGCUGUUAAAUAUUACAGUUUUUAAUUAUCCUCUUUCAUUGAAUUUUUAACUUACCACUUGGAAAUAAUGCCACAGAAUAUUUUUAAACUAAAUGUUUCCCUGUUUCAUGGAAAACAUUCUGUUCUGAUCUUAUUCAAACGGGAAUCUUGUGCCAAAACGUUGCCUCCUGAACACUGAUCCACAAUAAGAAUCCGUCUGUAAACUAAAUCAUGACCACUGUGAGGUGGAUUCCCAAAUCAAUGAAACAAACAAUGCUUUUGCUGCAGAUCCAGGGUGGAUUGAGAGUAAAUUGAUCCAUAAGUGAUCUUUUCUGACCCGACUGUUCAGUCACUGACACGAAGCCUGUAGUUUAUUCAUGUCCGGCCCCAUGCUGUAGGAGACACUGGUUAACAGCAGUUUAUAAUCUGAACCCAUUCUGCACUGAAAGAUAAAAUGUUAAAGCACCUAAACUAAACUUCAAAAUGCACUUUGUCCACUUGAGUUUGAGGUGGAAUAAAUCCUGAUUAGGCACCUUAGUCUCACUUUAAACCACGAAAUGGCUCUGAGAGACCAAACUUGUUUUGUAUGACUAAACUAACCAGUAUUUUGCCUUUUUUCUAUCCUUGGUGUUUUCACAAUGAGUGUGUCAAUUUUUCUAAUACUAUACAGUUUGUUUCAUGGCUAGAAGUUUACAUGGCUGAAAAAAUUUAGAACGAUCAUGAACUAUUUUUUUGCACCAAAAUGAGCCCCGUUGUUGAUUUAAAAAGAAAUCUUGUAUUUGUUUGUAUUGCCUUCACUGAUGGAAGCUGUUUCUUCCCAUCUCUUGUUUUUGCCUCUACCUAAAUGAACCCCCUCCCACCCCAUCGAUCCCUUCUCCUCUGACCUUCUUUGCUCAAAUGAUUGACUGAACUCAUGAUUUGCACUUUGUGGAGACUCUUCUGUAAAUUGUAAGCUGGGGCUUGUUUGUUUUUUGCCUCAUGAAAUUUGCUGACAAACAUACCAAGAAAGUUAAAUAAAUGCCUUCAAAAGACUUAAAACCCUUCAAAUACAUUUAGGUAGACAUUCUCUAAAGUGUUCUUUUUCUGUUUGAAGGAACAGUUUUGAUAAAGAAACAGCACAAACUUCCCUUUGUGGCGGGAAGUCUUCCACACGA